UUGCAGGAGGCGCUGCCGGAGCUGAGCGACAGAGCCGCUGCGUCCGAGCUGACGUCUGAUCUAAACCUCAUUCUUGUAGUGGCGCUCGCUAUUGUCUCCUUGUUAUUCGUUUCGACAGUCGUUUUGAUGCUGUUUUUUAAAUGCCGACGCUUGAGGAGCCCUCCCGUUUUUCUAACUUCCGAUAAGGAACUGUAUUCCAGCCUGGGCUCAAAAGCACCGUACAACUACUGCAGCAGCACGCUGCCCUUGCCCUACUCCUACGAGGUGUGUUUAGCCUCCGAGUCGGGCCAGAAGGACUUCACAUUUCUUAGACCAGGAGCGGCAACGCUCUCUGACCACCUCCUGGCUGGGGAACCCGGCUCAGACACUCGCUCCGGGAAGGACCCUCCCAGCCUAGAGAGGUCGGCACAGCAAGCUCAGCCUAACACAGACUGGCGCUUCUCUCAGACCCAGAGACCUGGAACCAGUGGCUCCCAGAAUGGAGAGGAAGGUGGAGCCUGGCCGAACAACCAGUUUGACACGGAGAUGCUCCAAGCCAUGAUCCUGGCUUCAGCAAACGAAGCUGCUGAUGGCAACUCGACCCUGGGCGGCGGCACGGGCACCAUGGGGCUGAGCGCCCGCUACGGCCCCCAGUUCACCCUGCAGCACGUCCCCGAUUACCGGCAGAACGUCUACAUCCCGGGUAGCACGGCCACCCUCACCAACGCCGCCGGCAAGCGCGAUGCCAAGAGCGCUGGCGCUUCGGGAGGCAACAAGAAGAAAUCCGGGAAAAAGGAGAAGAAGUAGAGCAGAAGAAGGAGACCUUAGAGCCACAGGGCAGCUGGCUCCAGCACUCCCCCAAACCACAGCCCAGGCCGGAGGACGAAUGUGAAUUUUUUUUUUGUGAUGCAAAAAGUAGGAAACGCUGCGAAUGUAUCUCGUCAUCAUCAGAGCUAGGAGCAGGCUUUCGCUGCUGGUAGAUCUCAUGAUGAAAACCAAUCCGGAAGCUAAACCCAACACAAACAAGUGCCCUGUGAAUACUUGCUGAUGUUUUAUACGAUCCCUCGGGUAUUAGAAUAUGCAAGGGCAGAAGGUCUUCUGCCGCAUCUUUGGAUCCAAUUUGCUCCCAGAUGAUCCGAGAAAGGCACAAGGCUUGUGCUCGGCUUUGCCCAGUGUAAAUAAUUUUAACGCGGAUCUUUUAAUUUAUAGAUCUUCAAUCAUUUCUUUUUUUUUUUUGGAAAGGAAAAGGAAGUUCCUAGCUUAGAGCCCGUGCUCCAAUCUUUACUCUUAAACUUCCCAUUAGUAAAAUUCGCCCCCGGUUAAUGACAGCGAUGGAUUUGUUGCUGAGAAGUUGGUAGGGAGUGCUUCAGUUCCUGCGUACCUGUUACCCGGAAAAAAAAAUAAGUGUUUGUAUUGCAUGAGUCAAAGGGAAUAUGGCAAAGCUGCAUCCUAAACGUUUUUGUUUUUAAAAAGUGCAACCACUGAUGGCCUGAAGUAUGAGACAAAAAAAAAAAACCCCUCCUGGUGUCUGAGAGGUAGGGAAUUCAAUGAGGAGCACGCCGGGGUGUGCGGCAGCUGCCCCUGCGGUUCUAGGGGUCUCCGAAGAGCAGACACAUCUCAUCCCUUCUUUGCAGUAAAUAUUUAUAUGUACAGUCAAUGUUCUUCUGGAAUUAAAGCUAAGAGAGUCUCGCUCCCCUGCGGCCAGGCUCCUUCAGGCAGGCGUCCGGCCGAGCCCCCGCCAAGGGGGCCGGGGGGCGAUGCUUCACGUCUCUGCACACCGUGUCUGCAUGCGCGUCCCUCACCCCCC